CUGAGAUGAUGUCAGACCCUUAGACCUCUGUCUGGUGACCCUGGUUCCACUGAGGCAGACCUCAGCCAUGGAGCCUUUUGCUGAGGUCCCGUUGUUUGAGAUGGAUGAGGAUGAGGUGGAGGACAUUCUGUCCAUGAAGAACAAAGGUAAACAAAAUAUGCUUAGAUACUCUUUGGCCCCACCUGCAGGUGUGGACUCCGACACCUUCAUUUACAUGAACUUCAUGAAGAGCCACAGCUGCUACGAUGCCAUGCCCACCAGCUCCAAACUGGUAAUCUUUGACACCUCCCUGCAGGUGAAGAAAGCUUUCUUUGCUCUGGUGGCGAACGGUGUGAGGGCAGCGCCUCUGUGGGACAGCAAGCUGCAGUGUUUUAUGGGUAUGCUGACCAUCACGGACUUCAUCAACAUCCUCCAUCGUCAUUACAAGUCUCCUCUGGUUCAGAUCUACGAACUGGAAGAACAAAAGAUCGAAACAUGGAGAGAAAUCUAUCUUCAGUACUCUGUGAACCGCCUGAUCAGCAUCACACCUGAGUCCAGCCUGUUUGACGCCAUCUACUCCCUGUUAAAGAAUAAAAUCCAUCGGCUGCCAGUCAUUGACCCAGUGUCAGGAAACGUCCUCCACAUUCUAACUCACAAGCGUAUCCUGAAAUUCCUGCACAUUUUUGGCUCCAUGAUUCCCAAACCAAGGUUUCUUCAAAAGAAAAUAAGUGAGGUGCCGAUCGGUACCUUUAAAGAGAUCGCAACGAUUCAGGAAACCGCUUCAGUCUACGAAGCUUUGACCAUGUUUGUGGAGAGGAGAGUGUCGGCACUGCCCGUGGUCAACGAGCAAGGUAAAGUGGUGGCGUUGUACUCCAGGUUCGAUGUCAUCAACCUCGCUGCACAGAAAAACUACAACAAUCUGAACAUGAGCAUGCACGAGGCCAUUGCUUCCAGAGUCUGCUGGGUGGAGGGGGUCAUCAAGUGUUACCCUCAUGAAACGCUGGACACCAUCAUCAACCGCAUCGCACACGCUGAGGUUCAUCGGCUGGUUUUGGUGGACAGUGAUGAUGUGGUGAGAGGGAUAGUCUCUCUGUCGGACCUUCUACAAGCCCUGGUUCUCUCCCCGGCAGGUAUCGAUGCUCUGAACUCCUACUGAAGAAUUGCUCAUCCGUCACUUGUCUCCCUUUCUUCUCUGGCUGCUCCUGUAUUAAUCCUGCUGACUUCCAAUUAUG